AUGGUGACCCCACAACCACGUGUCUGUGGUCCCUUCUCAUCAUCCAUGCUGGCUAGAGAGACACGUGACAGUGACAAUGAAUGGGAAGACUUGGAGGAACUAGAAGAAGAGAAGGAAGAAAAGGAAGAUUGCACUAAGGAAAUGGAGAUCUUUGUGACCUUGACAAAGUCAGAGAACAACGGUUAUGGAUUCUCUGUAGUUCUUAACAAAGUGAACUCUUGCCUCUAUGUUGAUGAAAUCUUGAAUGAUCCUGCUCUGUCUGAUGGAAGACUAAGAAGGGGAGACAGAAUCAUUAUGGUGAAUGGAAUUGAUGUCACAUCUUUACCAUGCAACGAAGCCCUGACUUUACUGCAGAGCUCCCCUCCUGAUCUGCACCUUGUGGUUGGUCGUGCUGACAGUGAUCCACGUCCUUCUAUUAGGCCAGAUGAGAUUCCUGAAAUUACUCUCACCAAAGGUGCCAAUGGACAGCUAGGCUUGAAGCUGACAGGAGGGGCUGGAAGCAAGUUACAAGGUAUUUAUGUGCUAGAAAUAGUGCCUGGCUCUCCCGCCAGUGUGGAAGGCAGUUUGCAGCCACAAGAUCAGAUUGUUUACAUCUGUGGACUGCGGACUGAGGGCAUUAGCCUGGAUGAUGCAGUGAGAGUGUGUGAAGCUGCCACCCAGCAUGUCCAAAUCAAAGCCACAAGAAAUGGCAAUCCAGUGGUUCCUAUAGAGCAGGAGAAUAGGCCACCUGCUGAGACAGAGAAUGACAAUAUUUCUUUAUCAGAUGAAAACCUGAAUUCCCAAGAACAGCAUCUGCUGCAUCAACAUGAGAAACAUUUGGAGGAAGCAAACUGUGAUGCUGAGCAAAACACUCCUGAUUCUCCAGAAUGUAAGGACAUCAUUAUUAAGAUUGAGCUGGAAAAAGCAGAAAAUGGAAGCCUAGGAUUUGCACUCGUGGGUGGAAAAAAUGGCAGGGCCAUCCUAAUAAAAGCUAUCAGCCCAGACAGCAUUGCAGAUGUAGAUGGAAGGCUUCAAGUUGGUGACAUCCUACUUAAGGUGAAUGAGACUUUCGUGUCUGGCCUGCCACGACAAACAGUUACAGAUUUGCUGCGCAAGUCUCAAGGCACUGUUCAACUCACUGUGUGCCGAAGGAUGGCUUUGCAUUGGGCUUAUUCAGGCAGUCAAAGCAAGAAUAUACCUUCCCCUCCAAACACAAAAGCAGAGCAUGAUAGUGCAGAGGGAAGCCUGCAAGCUCAGCCUGUUCUCACUUUCAAGGAAGAAGAAUCCAACCAG